AUGGCAGAACCGCCCAAGAAGCGUGGCCUCACCCUCUAUGGCGACUUGAUCACCCCCGAAACGCGCGCUGAGGUGGAAGCCCGCGAUGCCAAGGCGCUGGCCGAAGAGAAGAAGAAAAAGAAAGACGCCUCACUCAUGUUCAAGCCCACCAAUCUGGGAAAGAAGAACGGAAAACCGGCGCAGAAGCCGAAGCCAACAUUUGCCUCCAUGCACAAGCCUUCCUCCAGCACCUCCACCGGCACUGCACCACCGACGGCCAGUUCGCCAGAUGCACCCACUCAGCAGCUUUCGAGCGAGCCGCAGGACCACCCACCGCCGCCGCCGCCUCAGAAGCGCGGUUUCAACGACUGGCUAGCCGAUGAGGAGCAAGAGCAGGAGUACUAUGAGCGUCGUCCACGCUGGCAGAGCAAGAAGGCGAAGAAGCAGCAGCAACAGUAUCAAGAACAGUGGUCCUGGACUGAUACAUACGACCCUAGUCAGCCUGUCCCUUACGAACAGUACUCUGGCUCGGAUCACUGGAGGGAUACGAAUAGCGACUGGAGAGAGAGACUGCAUGUCGCGCGCGACCAGCAUCGGGGCCAGGCAUCCGGCUAUGGAGGCUACCAAGGAGGCUACAACGGCGGCUACUCCAAUAUGGAUGGCCAAGGAUACAACUCUAACAUGGGCAGCCGUCCACCACCAAACAUGCAAUUCGCAUCCCCACCAAGCUUCGCUCCACCGCAAAGCUUUGCUCCGCCAGCCACCUACAGCCCUGACCCAGUCUCGCGCUCAAAUUCUCUUGGACCGUCGUCUGGACGCAACAGCGGCUUCAGCAAUCGAUAUGACGACAACGGUCGUCCCCCACUCCCACCAGUAGAUUUGAACAAGGACGAGUCUGGUGACGAUGCGUACGCUCGACGCAUGGCUUUGAGCGCACAACCGCCGCCGCCGCCGCCGCCAGCUACUCGCCCACCGAUGCCGCAGGCCAACGCACCAUCAUCACGUGCGCCAUUGUCAGCUGCGGAUCAAGAGAAGCGUGCCAAAGCAGAGCAGCAGAUUGCAGCCAUGAAGGCCAAACUGGCCGCAGCCAAGGCCAGUAGUGCGAGCCCUGCCCCUCCUCCAGCAGCAGCUUCGACGCCGCCGCCACCACCACCACCACCCCCGCCUACCACAGACCCACCUAAAUCUGCCACCGUAAUCUCCGCCCCGCCUACGUACAAUCCUGAAUAUCUCGCCCAGAAAGCCCAGCAAGAGAGACAACAAUCGCUUGGAAAUGACAAGUCAUUCUCUGACGCCGCCGAUGAUGCUCAUGAGCCCCAGUCAAAGGCUCCCGGCCAAGCGGGAUUCGCACAGCGCGUCAUGGAGCGCAUGGGCUAUGAGAAGGGCAAAGGGCUUGGUGCCAGUGGCGAGGGCAUCACGUCAGCCCUUUCCGUCAAGGCCGACAAGCGCAAGAAGAAGCCAGACGCUCAAGGCGGAGGCUACGUCGCCCCGGCCGCCAUGGGCAAGAUCAUGGGCGGUAAGACAAAGAAGAAGGCGGACGGCGAUGAGGACGGCCCCCAUGGUAAGAUGUCGGCGGUAGUGAAGUUUGAGGGCAUGUUAAAGGAUAUGGACGUGGACAAAGCGAUACAGGAUGAGGGUAUUCUUCAAGAGAUAGGCGAUGAAAUGGCGGAGUUCGGUAAGGUGGAAAGGCUGAAGAUAUGGAGGAGUUAUGAAGGCGGCAACGACGAGGUCUUCAUCAAGUUCACCAGCCAACUGAGCGCUCUAAGGGCGAUCAAUGCGAUGGAUGGGGCUGAGUUUGAAGGUAACACCAUCCAGGCAAGGUAUUGGGAUGAUGAAAAGUUUGAGGCGGGCGAGUAUGCCUGA